AUGGCGAAAGAAGAAGCAAAGAGAAGAGAGAAGAAGAAUAUAAUAGCUCUCACAGGCGCCGCAGCUCUUCUCGUUGUAGCAGUCAACUUUGCCAUCUCUACUAUCCAUACGCACCACAAAAACCGCAAGAAAAAAGAAGUUCUGGGAUCAAAUGUUCAGAUAAAUUUAUCUGCAUCGGAAAUAUUGAAGUUAGCAGACCGUAUUAUUGCAAAAUCGAAGCAAGUUCAGGAUGCAGUGGCUUCAGUUCCUCUUGAUAAGGUCACUUAUGCUAAUGCUAUACUACCACUGGCAGAAUUAGAAGCACAACAAUUUCCACUGAUACAAUCUUGUGUCUUCCCAAAAUUGGUAUCCGUAUCUGAGGAUGUGCGCAAAGCAAGUGCUGAAGCCGAGCGACGAAUAGAUGCUCAUAUUUCCACAUGCAGUAAGCGUGAAGAUAUUUACCGUGUCAUAAAAGCUUUUAAAGCACGGGGAGACUGGAUGAGCUCUGAAGUGAAACAGUUUACUCAGCAUCUGAUUAGAGAAUUUGAACGGAAUGGAGUGAAUCUUACGUUGACCAAAAGAGAGGAAUUGCAGCGGUUGAGGACUCAGAUAGAUGAGCUAAGUUUAAAAUACAUCCGAAAUCUGGAUGGUGACAAGUCAUUUCUUCUUUUCAGUGAGAUGGAGCUAGUUGGUUUGCCGUCUGAGUUCCUGAAGAGCCUGGACAAAGCUGAAAACGGUAAAUUUAAGAUUGCACUGAGAAGUAAUCACGUUUCACCAGUUCUAGAGCUAUGUAAGGUAGGAUCAUCCAGGAAGGCUGUGGCUGUGGCUUAUGGGCGGAGAUGUGAGGUUAAUCUUUCCGUGUUAGAAAAGCUGAUUCAAUUGCGGCAUAAACUUGCCAGGUUGCUUGGCCAUGCCAAUUAUGCAGACUAUGCCAUCGAUCACAGAAUGGCUAACUCAUCAGCAAAGGUGUUUGAGUUCUUAGAGAACAUUUCUGGCAGCUUAACUGAGUUGGCCUCUAGGGAACUUUCUCUGUUGAAAGAAAUGAAGAAGAAAGAGGAGGGAGAAUUUUCCUUUGGAAUUGAAGAUCUACCAUACUAUGUGAAGAAGGCCAAAGAUCAACAUUUUGAUCUGGACUUUGGAAUUGUUAAACAGUACUUCCCCAUCAAUUUAGCGUUGUCAGGGAUCUUCAAAAUAUGCCAAGAUCUUUUUGGCUUAAGAUUUGAGGAGGUUACGGAUGCAUAUGUUUGGCAUCAGGAUGUGCAGCUAAUUUCUAUCUUUGACUUGAGUUCUAGUGAACUCAUAGGUUACUUUUAUCUUGACAUAUAUGCCAGGGAAGGAAAAUAUGGGCACACUUGUGUUGUGGCUCUUCAAAAUGGUUCAUUGAUACAAAAUGCUAGACAGAUUCCAGUAGCAUUACUCAAUUCACAUUUGCAAAAAGAAGUUGAUGGUCGUCCUGGGUUGUUGCGAUUCUCUGAGCUUGUUAAUUUAUUUCAUGAGUUUUGUCAUGUGAUCCACCAUAUUUGCAAUCGUGCACCCUUUGCUAGAUUUUCUGGGUUGCGUCUGGAUCCUGACUUUGUGGAGAUCCCCUCGCUGGUGUUGGAAAACUGGUGUUAUGAAAGCCGCUCCUUAAAACUGAUAUCUGGUUUCCACGAGGAUAUCACAAAGCCCAUUGAGGACGAAAUAUGCAGAUCACUUAAGAGAUGGCGGUUUUCCUUCUCAGCAUUGAAACUGAAACAGGAAAUUCUUUAUUGUCUCUUUGAUCAAAUCAUACAUUCCACUGAAAAUGUAGACAUUAAUGGGUUGUUCAAGCAUCUCCAUCCGAAGAUUAUGUUAGGGUUGCCAAUCUUGGAAGGUACAAAUCCAGCAUCGUGUUUUCCUCGUACUGCUAUUGGCUACCAAGCUACUUGCUACAGUCGGAUCUGGAGUGAGGUUUUUGCGGCUGAUAUAUUUUCCACAAAGUUUAGCCACGACAUCUUCAACCAGCAUACGGGCAUGCAUUUCAGGAACAAGGUAUUGGCUCCGGGUGGAGCAAAAGAUCCUCUUGAAAUACUAUCCGAUUUUCUUGGACGGGAGCCAUCAAUACAAGCAUUUGUAGACAGCAGAGCAGAUUCAAUCUAG